UGUGUUAAUACUUAAUAGCUUGAGCAUUAUUUUAUUAUUAUUAUUAUUAUUUUUAUUGUUAUUAUUAUAUUUCAAAUAAAAAAUAAGACAAACUUAAACUCUUCAUUUACUUUUGCCCCAUUUUAUUAUCAUGCGGAAUAUUGUAGAGAGAGAAAGAGUGAUGAACAAACAAUAGUUUUAGAGAGAGAAACCCAGAAAUAGAUAAACAAUUUGAAAUGGGAAGAGCGUUUGUGUAUGUGAUACUUGGUGGGGGAGUUGCUGCCGGUUAUGCAGCUCUUGAAUUCACCAAAAAAGGUGUUUCUCACGGUGAACUCUGCAUCAUCUCCGAAGAACCUGUGGCUCCUUACGAGAGACCCGCACUCAGCAAAGGCUUUCUACUUCCAGAAGCUCCGGCACGUCUUCCCGCAUUUCACACUUGUGUCGGUGCCAAUGAAGAAAGAUUAACGCCGAAGUGGUACAAGGAACAUGGAAUCGAACUGAUUCUGGGUACGCGCGUAAAGUCUGCUGACGUGAGGCGUAAAACAUUACUCACUGCAGCAGGAGAAACCAUUAGCUAUAAGUAUCUUAUCAUUGCAACAGGUGCUCGGGCUUUGAGACUUGAAGAGUUCGGUGUAAGUGGAUCAGAUGCUGAAAAUGUAUGUUAUCUACGUGAUUUGGCUGACGCAACCAGGCUUGCGGACGUGAUGCAAACCUCUACUGGCGGCAAUGCGGUGGUCAUUGGCGGUGGCUACAUUGGAAUGGAGGUUGCGGCGUCGUUGGUCAUUAAUAAGAUUAAUGUUUCAAUGGUGUUCCCUGAGCCACAUUGCAUGGGCCGUUUAUUCACCCCCAAGAUUGCAAGUUAUUAUGAAGAGUUUUAUAAAGCUAAGGGUGUAAACUUUGUCAAAGGCACAGUUCUGUCAUCAUUUGUUUUCGAUGAAGAUGGGAAGGUCACCGGAGUUAACCUCAAGGAUGGAACCGAUCUUCCUGCUGACUUGGUAGUCGUCGGAAUCGGAAUCCGACCAAACACAAGUCUAUUUGAAGGGCAACUCACUUUAGAAAAAGGCGGGAUCAAAGUUAACAGCAGGUUGCAAACGAGCAACAGCUCUGUGUACGCAGUAGGUGACGUGGCAUCGUUUCCAGUCAAGAUCUUUGGCGAAAGCCGACGACUCGAACACGUCGAUGCCGCCAGAAAAUCAGCUCGCCAUGCUGUCGCCGCAAUAAUGGAACCCGACACAACACCAGAAUUCGAUUACUUGCCGUUCUUCUAUUCCAGAGUUUUCUCAUUUUCGUGGCAGUUCUACGGAGACAAUUUAGGGGAAGUCAUUUAUUUCGGUGAUUUUUCGGGACCCAGUUUCGGCGCGUACUGGGUGCACAAAGGUCAUCUAGUUGGAUCGUUUCUUGAAGGCGGAAGUAAAGAAGAGUAUGAAGCGAUAGCGAAAGUGACGAGGCUUAAACCAGCUGUUGAUGAUUUGAGUGAGCUCGAGCGGCAGGGUCUCGGGUUCGUGGUGGCGUUGAGCGAGAAGUUGCCGGUGGCGCCGGUGAUAAACGUGGGUGGUUCGAUGUCGACGGUUGUUUUGGAGAAACCGUUGUACGCGUGGCAUGCGACUGCUGGGGUGGUGGUGGCGGCGUCGAUAGCGGCGUUUGCGUAUUGGUAUGGAAGAAGACGUCGACGAUGGUGAGGGUUAUGGGUUGGUGGGGGAUUUGUUUGCAUUGAUUCCACUAUUUGAUACCUUUACCCAUGUUGUGCAAUUUGAUUAGGAGGUUUGAAGAACAAGAACACUCAUGUAAUAGAUUGAUAAGCUACAUAACAUCAUCAAUAUUCUAUAUUAUUAUGUAUAACAUGUGUCUAGAUAAAAAGUUAUAUGUUUCUUUAAAA